CUCGUCUCGCCUCUCCUCUGGAGGAUCUGAGGCCAUUUCUCCUCCUUUCUCUCUCUGUUUGACACAAGUUCUACUCCUUUUCUUUCUCUAUCCGACACUACUUCACAGUAAGAAGAACUAAAGUGCCAAAUUUUGAUGCGAUCGAGCUGCUCAUCUCGAAUAUUCUCCUUUUUUUUUUCCAAAGCCCUAAUUCGCACAAUUUUCCGCCCUUACCUGCCGGCUUGAUUUGCAUCAGCAGCCAUGGACAUACGCUUCCCUUACUCACCGGCGGAGGUUGCCAAGGUGCGAUGCGUACAGUUCGGCAUCCUCAGCCCUGAUGAAAUUCGGCAAAUGUCAGUUGCACAGAUCGAGCAUGGGGAGACUAUGGAGAGAGGCAAGCCGAAGCCUGGCGGGCUCAGUGAUCCGCGGCUGGGAACCAUUGACCGGAAGAUGAAGUGUGAAACUUGCAUGGCCAACAUGGCAGAGUGCUCUGGCCAUUUCGGUCACCUUGAGCUUGCCAAGCCUAUGUUCCAUAUCGGCUUUCUGAAGACUGUGCUUGCUAUCAUGAGAUGUGUUUGCUUCAAUUGCUCCAAGAUCCUUGCGGAUGAGGAAGAUGCACGAUUCAAGCAAGCUUUAAAGAUCAGAAAUCCAAAGAACAGGUUAAAAAGAAUUUAUGAUGCCUGUAAAAGCAAGAAGAAAUGUGCAGGUGGUGAUGAUAUUGAUCUUCAAAGUCAGCAAGAUUCUGAAGAACCCGUUAAGAAAAGCCGAGGCGGAUGCGGUGCUCAGCAACCUAACAUUACUAUUGAUGGCAUGAAAAUGGUGGCUGAAUAUAAAGCUCCGAAGAAGAAAUCAGAUGACCAAGAACAGCUUCCGGAACCUGUUGAAAGAAAACAAGUUCUUUCUGCAGAGAGGGUUCUUAGUGUUCUGAAGAGGAUAAGCGAUGAGGAUUGUCAGCUGCUCGGCUUGAAUCCAAAGUAUGCUCGUCCUGAUUGGAUGAUAUUACAGGUCCUACCAAUUCCUCCUCCUCCUGUGAGGCCAUCUGUGAUGAUGGACACCUCUUCCAGAAGUGAGGAUGAUUUGACUCAUCAGCUUGCAAUGAUAAUAAGACAUAAUGAGAAUUUAAGGCGACAAGAAAGGAAUGGAGCUCCUGCUCACAUCAUAACAGAGUUUGCUCAGUUACUGCAGUUUCAUAUUGCAACAUACUUUGAUAAUGAGCUUCCUGGUCAGCCAAGGGCCACCCAGCGUUCAGGACGACCGAUUAAAUCAAUUUGCAGCAGACUGAAGGCGAAAGAAGGUAGAAUCAGAGGUAAUUUAAUGGGAAAGCGAGUUGAUUUUUCAGCACGGACAGUCAUAACACCUGAUCCAACAAUUAAUAUUGAUGAGUUGGGAGUUCCAUGGAGCAUAGCUUUGAAUCUAACUUACCCAGAAACUGUAACUCCAUAUAACAUUGAGAGGCUGAAGGAGUUAGUUGAGUAUGGGCCUCAUCCUCCUCCUGGUAAGACAGGCGCGAAGUAUAUUAUCAGGGAAGAUGGCCAGAGACUUGACCUUCGAUAUUUGAAGAAAAGCAGCGACCACCACCUUGAGCUUGGAUACAAGGUGGAGCGGCAUUUGCAAGAUGGGGACUUUGUGCUUUUUAACCGGCAGCCUAGUCUCCACAAAAUGUCCAUCAUGGGUCACCGGAUCAAAAUCAUGCCUUAUUCAACUUUUCGCCUGAAUUUAUCAGUGACCUCUCCAUACAAUGCUGAUUUUGAUGGAGAUGAGAUGAACAUGCAUGUUCCCCAGUCAUUUGAAACUAGAGCAGAGGUUCUGGAGCUUAUGAUGGUGCCUAAAUGUAUUGUUUCUCCUCAGUCGAAUCGGCCUGUUAUGGGCAUUGUCCAGGAUACUUUGUUAGGAUGUCGGAAGAUCACCAAAAGAGACACAUUUAUAGAAAAGGAUGUGUUCAUGAAUAUUUUGAUGUGGUGGGAGGACUUCGAUGGAAAAAUUCCCGCUCCUGCAAUUUUAAAGCCAAGGCCUCUCUGGACGGGAAAACAAGUGUUUAAUCUGAUCAUACCCAAGCAGAUUAACUUGGUGAGGUUUUCAGCGUGGCAUGCCGAAUCAGAAACAGGAUUUAUUACACCAGGAGAUACACAAGUUCGCAUCGAAAAAGGAGAGCUUUUGUCGGGAACUCUCUGCAAGAAGACCAUGGGGACAUCUACUGGGAGUCUGAUUCAUGUUAUCUGGGAGGAGGUUGGCCCGGAUUCAGCGCGAAAGUUUUUGGGACACACUCAGUGGCUCGUUAAUUAUUGGCUUUUACAGAAUGGAUUUAGUAUUGGAAUUGGUGAUACAAUUGCUGAUGUUGCUACAAUGGAGAAGAUUAAUGAAACAAUAUCGAAGGCUAAAAAUGAUGUUAAAGUGCUUAUCAAGGAGGCUCAGGAUAAAGUUUUAGAAGCUGAGCCAGGACGAACCAUGAUGGAGUCUUUCGAAAAUAGAGUGAAUCAGGUGUUGAACAAGGCACGUGAUGAUGCUGGAAACAGCGCCCAAAAAAGUCUUUCAGAGAGUAAUAAUCUGAAAGCAAUGGUUACAGCUGGAUCAAAGGGCAGCUUUAUUAAUAUUUCACAGAUGACUGCCUGUGUGGGGCAGCAGAAUGUGGAGGGCAAACGAAUACCAUAUGGUUUCAUCGGUCGAACAUUACCUCACUUCACAAAAAAUGAUUAUGGUCCUGAAAGUCGUGGUUUUGUGGAGAACUCUUACCUCCGUGGUUUAACUCCGCAGGAGUUCUUUUUUCAUGCUAUGGGUGGUAGAGAAGGUCUGAUUGACACGGCAGUGAAGACUUCUGAGACUGGUUAUAUCCAGCGCCGCCUAGUGAAAGCUAUGGAGGAUAUAAUGGUCAAAUAUGAUGGUACUGUUAGAAAUUCAUUGGGUGAUGUUAUCCAGUUCCUGUAUGGAGAAGAUGGCAUGGAUGCUGUUUGGAUUGAAUCACAGAAGUUGGAUUCGCUAAAGAUGAAAAAAGCAGAGUUUGAUAAAGUCUAUAGGUACGAGAUUGAUGAUAACAACUGGAGCCCGAGCUAUAUGUUGCCUGAACAUGUCGAGGAUCUGAAAACCAUUCCGGAGUUCAAAAAUGUUUUCGAUGCAGAGGUCCAAAAACUGGUGGUUGAUAGGUAUCAGCUGGGCACGGAGAUUACUACUACUGGAGAUAACUCAUGGCCAAUGCCAGUGAAUUUGAAAAGACUCAUUUGGAAUGCACAAAAGACAUUCAAAGUUGAUUUGCGACGGCCUUCUGAUAUGCAUCCGAUGGAGAUUGUGGAGGCUGUUGAUAAGCUUCAGGAAAGACUUAAAGUUGUUCCUGGAGAUGAUUUUCUGAGCAUGGAAGCCCAGAAAAAUGCCACUUUGUUUUUCAAUAUCUUGCUACGGAGCACUUUCGCAAGCAAACGGGUAUUGAAAGAGUUUCGGCUUACGCGUGAAGCCUUUGAAUGGGUCAUUGGUGAAAUAGAAUCACGUUUUCUACAGUCGCUCGUCGCGCCUGGCGAAAUGAUUGGGUGUGUGGCCGCUCAAUCCAUUGGAGAACCAGCUACCCAGAUGACGCUGAAUACGUUCCACUAUGCUGGUGUUAGUGCCAAGAAUGUCACCCUUGGUGUGCCGAGGUUGAGGGAGAUCAUAAAUGUUGCUAAGAAAAUCAAGACACCUUCACUCUCCGUUUAUUUAAAACCGGAGAUAAACAAGCUCAAAGAAUUAGCAAAGAAUGUACAGUGUGCCUUGGAGUAUACUACCUUGCGAAGUGUAACUCACGCAACAGAAGUAUGGUAUGAUCCUGAUCCAAUGAGCACAAUCAUUGAAGAGGAUGCUGAGUUUGUGAGGUCAUAUUAUGAAAUGCCUGAUGAAGAGGUUGCCCCCGAAAAGAUUUCUCCUUGGCUGCUUCGUAUUGAGCUCAACCGAGAGAUGAUGGUCGACAAGAAAUUGAGCAUGGCGGACAUUGCGGAGAAGAUCAACCACGAAUUUGAUGAUGAUUUAACAUGCAUUUUCAAUGAUGAUAAUGCUGAGAAACUCAUUCUUCGGAUACGUAUCAUGAAUGAUGAAGCCCCUAAAGGAGAAUUGCAGGACGACACUGCUGAAGAUGAUGUCUUUCUCAAGAAGAUUGAGAGCAACAUGUUGACUGAGAUGGCUCUUCGAGGCAUUCCAGACAUAAACAAAGUUUUCAUUAAAUCUGGAAAGAUAAACAAAUUUGAUGAGAAUGAAGGAUUCAAACCUGAUAAUGAGUGGAUGCUUGACACAGAAGGUGUUAAUCUCUUGGCCGUUAUGUGCCAUGAAGAUGUUGAUGCAUCUAGGACUACAAGCAAUCACUUGAUAGAAGUUAUUGAAGUUCUCGGGAUUGAAGCUGUCCGUCGUGCCCUUCUGGAUGAGCUACGCGUCGUUAUAUCUUUCGAUGGAUCCUAUGUUAACUACCGGCAUUUGGCCAUUCUCUGUGACACGAUGACUUACCGAGGUCACUUGAUGGCUAUUACUCGGCAUGGCAUAAAUCGUAAUGAUACCGGACCGAUGAUGAGGUGCUCAUUUGAGGAAACUGUUGAUAUUCUACUCGAUGCUGCAGUUUUUGCAGAAUCUGACAAUCUACGUGGUGUAACUGAGAACAUUAUGCUCGGCCAGCUCGCACCGAUUGGCACUGGAGGUUGUGCAUUAUAUCUAAACGACCAGAUGCUUCAGCAAGCUAUUGAACUCCAGCUUCCUAGUUACAUGGAGGGUCUUGACUUUGGAAUGACCCCUGCCCGUUCGCCGAUCUCCGGGACCCCUUAUCACGAAGGAAUGAUGUCGCCGAGCUAUCUUCUCAGUCCAAAUAUACGUUCAUCGCCUAUCACCGAUGCUCAGUUUUCACCUUACGUUGGCGGGAUGGCCUUCUCUCCUAGUUCGACACCAGGCUAUAGUCCAUCCUCUCCAGUCUAUAGUCCAUCAUCACCAGGAUACAGUCCCACUUCUCCUGGAUACAGCCCCACUUCUCCUGGAUACAGCCCAACCUCUCCUGGAUACAGUCCCACUUCUCCAACAUACAGCCCUAGCUCUCCAGGAUACAGUCCAACCAGUCCUGCUUAUUCUCCCACCAGUCCAUCUUACUCUCCUACUUCGCCUAGCUAUAGCCCGACAUCACCGAGCUAUAGUCCUACCUCACCCACGUACAGCCCGACUUCUCCGACCUACAGUCCCACAUCACCAAGCUACAGCCCCACUUCUCCUGCUUACAGUCCUACUUCACCGGUUUACAGCCCAACUUCGCCGUCUUAUAGUCCAACCUCACCUUCUUACAGCCCAACUUCACCCUCGUACAGUCCAACUUCGCCCUCAUACAGCCCCACGUCACCUGCCUACAGCCCGACAUCUCCGGGUUACAGCCCGACUUCUCCAAGUUAUAGUCCCACAUCCCCCAGUUACAGCCCAACUUCUCCAAGCUAUAAUCCUUCAGCAAAAUACAGUCCUUCUCUAGCAUAUUCUCCUACCUCCCCAAGAUUGUCCCCUUCCAGUCCAUACAGCCAUUCAUCUCCAAAAUACAGCCCGACUUCACCGUCAUAUUCUCCUACGUCGCCUACGUACACACCACCGAGUCCUACGUACAGUCCAACCAGCCCAUAUAAUUCUAGCAUGAGCCCUGAUUACAGUCCAAGCUCUCCACAAUUCAGUCCAAGUGCUGGCUAUUCCCCCACUGCUCCAGGCUAUUCUCCCUCCUCAACAAGCCAAUAUACUCCUCAGACGAGCAACAAAGAUGAGAGCAGCACUCGUUGAAAUCUCUCAUAUAUUGUUAGAGAACAAAUGAUGAGGGUGUUUUAUGCUAAUUUGUGCACUUUUGUUAAUUUUGUGCUUCAUAUUUGCAUGAAGUCCGAAUGACUGAGAGGGAACAAGGUUGGCUAUGAAACAGUUUUUUUUUUUUUUGUAAUUUGUAUAUUUUCUGGGGGGAGAAUGGUAAAAAAAAUAAUGGACUGUUAAGUUGGUUUUCGGACCUCAUAUAGAACUUAUAUUUAAUAUAAUGUUGAU